UCUGAGCACAAACCAAAGGUACUUUUCCUGCGUAUCUUACCAGGGGAAGGCUCGCAGUCUGGGUGGGGUCGCCUAGGUGUGUCUGUACGUUGAGUCACUGCCAGUAGCGACAGAUCCCGCGGCGCCCAGUUAAGCCAGCAGAAGCACAAGUGCAGGGAUAGAGAGAGUUUCUUCUCUUGAGCUUUUAAACGCCGACAUAAAUCCAUUAUCUGUCACUUUCUGAGCGGGUCACUCUCGGUGGAGCCCGGCUUCCUCCUACGGGAAAGGACAAAGUUCGCGAAAAAGUUGUCAAAAAUGGCGAAUGUUUUAAUUUUCUACAUCAGCCUGUUGUUGAUUCUGCCCUGCGUGGAGUCGUGUUUAACCCCGAAAUAUCUCUAUGUGCCUGUGUCACGAACAAUUCCGGCUGGAUAUAAAGUCACAACAGUUAAUGUUGCCGACUGCGACGUCAAAUCAUUGCACUUAACUUUGACUGACCAAAGUUUUACAAUAAACACAAAUGGAGAAAUAGUAGCUUUAACUAGAGUUUACGUGCCAGCGAGAGGUCGGACAUUUUCUGUGUUGGCUCAGGACGACAGUGGACCGGAAAAUGAGAUGGAAGUUCACCUUGUCUACAGUCCACUGCAGGGGAAAGUGCUCUCAGACCAAAGAUUCCUGAAGCGCUCCAAAAGAAGGUGGAGUCCCCCACCCUUCAACUUGUUAGAAAAUGAUCCGGGGCCUUAUCCAAAACAAAUUGAAGAGAUUGUGUCUGAUUCCGCAGCCAAGCACCGAGUCUACUACACCAUCAGUGGACCUGGUGUUGAUUCACAUCCAGUUGGAGUGUUCUCUCUUGACCCUAACUCUGGAAUGCUGAUUGUGCACAGAGCAAUUGAUCGCGAGGAGUUCCCAGUAUUUACAUUGACGACCAGAGUUUUUGACAAAGGGACAAAACAGGAGACAGACUUGCCUUUGGACAUCCAAGUACUUAUAGAUGAUGUGAAUGACAAUACUCCAGAAUUCAGCAGCCCGCUGCAAUUUACUGUGCUGGAGCAUAGCAAAGCAGGGACAGUCGUGGGGAAGGUGAACGCUACAGACAGAGACAAAAAGGGUACCCUCCAUGUCAAGAUCAAGUAUACUCUCUUGACCGGGUUAGACCUGUUUGCCAUCAACCCAGAGACAGGUGCCAUCACGACAGUAACCAACACCCUGGACAGAGAGAUAAAAGACAAGUAUCUGGUGACAGUAAAAAUCAAAGAUUUUGACGGUGCAGUACAAGGUCUCGAAAGGACUGGCACAGCAACCAUAACUCUGGGUGAUAUCAAUGACAACCCACCAACUUUCACAAAAGCAUCUUAUGAAGCCAGUGUCAAAGAAAACGAAAGUGAAAAACUUAUCCUUCGAAUCCCUGUUGAGGACAAAGAUUUAAUCAACACACCAAACUGGAUUUCAAAAUUCGUUAUCACUAAAGGAAAUGAAAAUGGAAAUUUCAGGAUCGAUACUGACCCCAAAACAAACGAGGGACUUCUGUACGUCACAAAGGCCUUAGAUCAUGAACAGUCUAAAAAUGUAAAACUUGAGGUUAUGGCACGUAAUGAAGCUGAGCUGAGCAACACUCAAGCCCGAUGGCAGUCCAUCCCUGUGGAUCUCACGGUCACUGAUGUUGAUGAGGGUCCAGAAUUCUCGGCUCCUACUAUCCGCUUCACAGUCAAAGAGAACACACCAAAUGGCACGCUGAUAGGACGCUACACAGCUGUAGAUCCUGAGACCAAGAGCAGCAAUGACAUCAAGUAUUACAAGGUCACAGACCCAGCCUCUUGGAUCAAUGUCGACAGAAAUACGGGAGAGCUGAGGGUUGCAAACACAAUUGACAGAGAGUCGCAGUUUGUCCAGGAUGGUGUUUACAACAUCACCAUGAAGGCUGUUGACGCCAGCUCCAAAACGGGCACAGGAACAGUUAUUAUUCAGGUGGAGGAUGUGAACGACAACAUACCAACAGUCCCCACCAGCGAGCUGGCAAUCUGUGAGAAGGAAGGAGCGCUUGGCUCUGUGGUGAUUGUGGCUGAAGACAAAGACCAGUCCCCCUUGUCGUCCCCUUUCACAUUUAGUUUGCCACCGGACAGUGAUGACAAAUGGUCUGUGACAAGAAUUAAUGCCACAGCAGCUACAUUGGCUCAUACCAAAGACCUUCCUAGGGGGCUCUACAAAGUUCCAGUGGUUAUUAAAGAUCUGCAGGGCCAUGGUGGCAUACAGACAGCAACAGUAAGGAUCUGCCAGUGCAGGAAUGGAGUCUGCUUGGCUGAGGAUCGCUCCGUGUCAUUAGGGGGACUGGCUUUACUGGCUAUGCUGUUGCCUCUGGCUCUCCUCCUACUGCUCUGUCUACUCCUUGUCUUUUUCUGUGUGACAAAGAGAGACAAGUUGGAAUUUGAAGAUACAGGAGACAGCGGUGGAGUCCUGCUCAAAUCAAACACUGAGGGCAAAGGGGAUGAAGUGGAUUCUAGUCUCAUCACUGUCCCCACUAUCGGAGUAGAUCAAAUAACAAAGGGCUCAGUGAAGGAUGUGAAUGCAGGAUGGCCAGGGAUCAAGAGCACGAGCACACUCGGAGGUCAAAGUGUACAUGGGAAUGGGAUAAACAAGUCUUGUGUCGAUAUGCAACAGUUCUAUUCUAGCCAGUAUGAUCAGUAUGAUCAGUACGGUACCCAACAGUUUGGAGGCCAGUUUGGUCAGCUUGGAAGCCAGGUUCUUAAUAGUGGCUUUGACAGCAGACACCUUGUCCAGGACUCAGCUUUUCUUCACACCUGGCAAACAAAUGGCCGCUAUCUACACCAGAAACUGGGCUAUUUGGGAACUGAGGAGGACGGACGGUACGCCGACGACAUCAUCCACGCCUACGGGUUUGAGGGGGUGGGCUCCGCGGCCGGCUCUGUGGGGUGCUGCAGCGACUUCGGCGACAACGAUAACCUCGACUUCCUGAACACACUCGGACCAAAGUUCAAAACUCUUGCAGAUGUCUGCACAAAGACAUGAACAAUGAAGCGCCCAACAUAAUGGUGUUUACUUUUCACUGUGCAGGAUGUAGGGAGGCCUGGGAUAUGAAUGCUUGGUAUGCCCCCGAACAUGAAUGAGAAAAAGAACAAGCAGGUGGCGUCAGUGUGCGCACGCCCUGGUCUGCUUUUGCUUUUUGUUGUUAGUUUUUUUUUUUCUUUGCUACAUUUUGGUAAAAGUCUUUUGCACUGAAAGCUAUGUUGUACAUUCUCUACAUGUUGUGUAUUACUGUGUGGUUGUCUUGGAGGUCUUUGCAGGUUCAUGAUAGUUGUACUGAUAUAUGCAUGGAUGGCUGUGGGGUCUCUAUUAGUUAAUAACAACUUUGGGUAUUUUGGUUAUUUUUAAUAAUUUGCAUUGACAGCAAGUGAUACAGUGCAUUGUGAUACAGUGCAUUGUGCAUUUGUGUCGCUGCUUUGAAAUUGUGUGCUAAAUUUUAGAGUUUUGAUAUAUUUUUAAAGAAAAAUAAAUAAAAGGGAUGAUAAUACAA